AUGGGUUUUCCAAGCCUUGAUUGUAACCGUGUGGUGGCCUGGGUUCCUUCGUCUGCUACACGGUAUAAAGUCAAUGUGGAUGGAGCGGUUUUUGCGGCACAUAAAUCAGCUGGAGUUGGGGUUUUAAUUCGUGACUCGCAUGGUCAGGUGGUAGCUACAAUAAGCAAGAAGAUUAAUGCUCUGUUGGGUCCACUGGAAGUUGAGAUGAAGGCAUGGGAGGAAGGAGUGCAGUUUGCUAGGGAGGUUGGUGUCUACGACUUUACAUUGGAAGGUGAUUCACUGGUGCUGUUUAAUGUUUUAAGUGGUCUAUCUAAUCCACCUGCUGCUGUGGAAUCUAUAGCCAGAGGGGUUUUAAUGGCUUGUGGGUCUUGCUACAAGGUUGAUUUUUCUCACAUUAAAAGACAGGGUAAUAGUCUAGCUCAUUUGUUAGCAAAACAUGCUUUAGGCAUUGUUGAUUAUGAACCUUGGAUGGAAGCUAGUCCUUGCUUUCUUGAGCAAGCUUGA